AGUUAGACAGUACUCGACAGCUGCUAGGAACGAGGUUAUGGGGAAAUGCAGUUGGUGAACCGGGAUGGUGGACUCACCUGAUCGAAAGGAAACCACAAUUGUGGGUUUUGCUUGCUUGGGGCAACCAUGCCAGAAUUUGGCAUUGGCCACGCAACGAACGACAGACUGGAUCGCAUACAUCUUGCUACUACUUCUGAAUGGUACUCGCAUGUUCAUUGGCAUCGUGGUGACUGAACGUACUUGGACCUCACGUGAUACGCAGUCUGGUGAUCUUUCUGCCAAUGUUAAGCCUUCUCUUAUUCUUCAAGCCCCAUCCUUGACAGUGCAUCAGAGGCUCUAUUGCACGAUGCUUCCUUCAAUGAAUCCAUGAAGGCCGCGGCAUAUGAUUCGAUGCGCUCACCGCCACAAAGUUCGCAGCCAUGAAUCGAGAUUCA